UCUAGUAGCGAAACAUCAGUCAGACCGUCACGGUUCCGAGUGUUCGGAUCACUGCAGGGUGGGCAGCAUGGCAGACAGUAAUUUUGACUUCUAUCAACAAACUGCACAAAGAAAAUAUCAGGACAUGAAAAGAAACUGCGGAUCAGCAGUGGCAUUUUGCACAACGUGUUUUCGACCACCUGUGAAUGACGAAGAUGAGGAAGUUAACUAUAUACACGUGGAAGAAUCUACUGAAUCUGAGGAACAGAUUCGCAAAGGGAAGGCUAAACCCAUGAAGACUAAAGAUCGUAAUGUCUGUGGAAGCAAAUCCAUUGUUGUUCUCUACAUUCUGUUGAUGGCUACCUCGAUGGUGUGGAUGAUCCUGCUCUCCAAGGCAUUUGCAAAACAUUCGGAAAUCUCUGCUGAAAUCGAGAACCUGAGAAACUCGAGGACAAUUUUGAAAGGAAAUGAAUCUGCAAUAUCUGCCGAACUACAGGAGCUGUGGAAUACACUGAUCAGCUUGAAAGCAAGCGACACUGAAGAAAUACGAAACCUGAGAGUGGAGCAAACCCUCCUGAAGGAAAAAGAUUCUAAGAUCAUGGCAAAUGUUACAAACUUGGAAAAUUAUGUUUCUAAAGUGUGCGUCAUCAAGACCUGCCCUUAUGAAUGGACCUUGUUUAGUGGGAAAUGUUACUACUUUUCCAAUGAGAACAGAGACUGGAAGAAAGCAAGAGAAUUCUGUCAAUCCCAAGACUCGGACCUUGCAGUGAUCAACAGUGAUGAAGAGCUGAACUAUUUAAAGGGCAAAGUUCGAGUGGAUCACUUGGUUGGAAUGAGCGAUUUGGAGACAGAAGGGGUCUGGAAGUGGUUGGAUGGGAGUUUAGUGGAUGGGAGAAUGUGGAAUCCUGGGGAACCAAACAAUGAAGGAAAAGAAGACUGUGGUGAGAUGAGCAACGGCAAGCUGAAUGACAUCCCUUGCAACCUAAAACAACGAUGGAUCUGUGAAAAAACACUUUAACAACAAACAUAUUCAAAAAACUUGAGUAUAAAAUAGCGUAACUACAAAUCUGACGAAGCUCUAACCAACAGCUUGCAAUCUUAUAUAUACAUAUAUAUAUUGAACUGCUUUUAUAAAAACAGGAAUUAAAAAAAAAAUAGCAUCAGGUGUUACAUCUAUGAUCUAAAAUUGGAAAAUGAUUCACUACCAUCAGCCAAUCAGCUUCCAGCUCUAGCGGGCUUCUAAUAGAUAGUAGAUGCCUGUUGGAACGUUGCAGCAGCAACUGUGAAUCAAACUUCAAAUCAGUCUGCGCAAGUGCCAGAUUUUUCAUUCUGACAUGCUGAUGAAAGCAACCAGUCCUGUACUGCAGCUUGUCAGCUCCAUUCAGAUAUCUGGCACCGUCCAGAUAAACUAUAAGCAGCUCUGACAAGUAAAACAUAAUUUGUUAAUAACGCUUUUUUUGUUAUUAUGCAUGUGAUCCUUUAUGCAAAUUUUGCAUGACUAUUUUCCUAUUUGCUUAACGGAAGGGCACCCAACUAAUCACUAAAAGUUCAAGUGUUUUAAGUGUUUUAAAGUGUUUUUUUAAAGAACAUGAUAAAAAUUGUUUUCUAAUAUCGAUAGUGCCCUCUCGAUGAAGGCUCUACCGUGUGAUAGUUGACCUUGACUUUCGUUAGCGCCCUCGCCUUCAGUUUGUGAUGCAUAACUCCAGAACCAGUCAAUACUUCAUGGCAGAGCCUUCAUCGACAGUAUCGCUUAAAUAAUACACAGUGUCUUCCUGUGAUUAAUGUAUAUUUUUUAUUAAACUUAAAACUGUAGAUUUGGGGGCUCCCGAGUGGCGCAUCCAGUAAAAGCACUCGCUAGAGUGCAGGAUGCGCUCUAUAGCCUGGACGUCGCCGGUUCGAGUCCAGGCUAUUCCACAGCCGACCAUGGACGGGAGCUCCCAGGGGACGGCGCUCAAUUGGCCGAGCGUCCAGCGCACCAGCGACUCCUGUAGUCUGGCCGGGCGCCUGCGGGCUUGCCUGUAAGCUGCCCAGAGCUGCGUUGUCCUCCGACGCUGUAGCUCUGAGGCGGCUCCACUGUGAGUCUGCAGAGUGUAAAGAAGCAGGCGGCUGAUGGCACACGCUUCGGAGGACAGCGUGUGUUCAUCCUCGCCCCUCCCGAGUCAGUGCAGGGGUGGUAGCGGUGAGCUGAGCCUAAAAAUAAUUGGGCAUUUCAAAUUGGGGAGAAAAUAAUAAAAACUAAUUGGCAACGACUAAAUUAAAAAGAAAAAAACCUGUAGAUUUGUCAACAAGACAGUAGUAGAUUGCUAAAAACACUUCAGAUUUCCAGCACCUCUCUGUGUGAAUGUGUGUCACGAUGUCUACUCCUGGAGCAAAUCUUAGGCAUGGAGUUACUUGAUACACUGUUUCAUAUACUUGAUACACUGUUUCAUAUACUUGAUACACUGUUUCAUAUACUUGAUACAGUGUUUCACAUACUUGAUACAGUGUUUCAUAUACUUGCCACAUACACUGCCUGGCCAUUUUAUUAGGACUUUACCCCUUUGGCAUCGCCCUGACAAUGGCUACAGACUUGACAGAAACUUCAGGCAUCUUCUAUGGCCUGCACAAUACAGCUGAGCAUGUUUGGGAUGAACUUGAAUGACACAUUCUCCAUCAUGACCCUCUGCCCAACUCUGUACCAAUUGUGUGAAAUAUUACUGACGGAAUGGAUUAACAUCCCACUAGACACCUUCCAGCACCUUGUGGAGUCUAUGCCAUGUCGUUUCAAGUGGGUAUAGGUCGUAAUAAAGUGGCCAGGCAGUGUACAUGCUUAUUGUUAUGUGUUUCUGCAUUUAGAAGAAGUUUCAUUUUGUAAAGUAUUGAACCAAACCUCACGAUUCAGCUUCAAUUUCAGAUUCAUGCAAAGCAUUUCCAAGCACUGUUGUAGAGUCACACAGGUGUAAAUGUAAUGGAAGAACACAGGCUUUAAUUGUUCUCCAAUACACAAAAAAAGUCACAAAUACAUUUAAAUCUUUCAUUUUUAGUUUUUACUAUAAACUGUUGGAGAAACUAUAGUUACACUUUACGAGAAACUAUAGUUUACAAAAUUACCUGGGUUUUAGAUUGAGUUAGUAUUUGGGUUUUAGAGUUAGUUAAGUUAGUUGGGUUUAAUAUUGAUUGUUGGAGCAGGAAAGACAGAUGGUAAGGAGAAUGCUUUGAAGUGCACCAUACAGCAAUUUAAAGGGGACCCUGUGUUUUCUCAGAGGUAACAUUUUGGCGCUAAAACCUUCAAAGACUGACAAUCUCCUUCCUUUACUUAAUUUUAUGACGUUAUAACUUUGUGAGUAAAACAAAGAAGCAUUGAUGUUACAUUCACUUCAGCUAAUAAAAGGAAGGUGGUCAAUGACCUGAUUGGUUGAUACAAAUAUGCAUCACUAUGUAAUUGUCUUUUCUGAUAGGUUAAGAAAUACAGGGUAAUGUCAUAAGGGAAGCCUAUAUUAAGUCAAACAUUGUAUUGUCUUUUUGAUUCUAUUAUAACUUGUGCUUCAGGAAAAUAGAGUACCCAGCUGCUCUGCUGUGUCUAAUAAAAUAUAUUUGUUGAAAUCUACAA